UGGAGCUCGCAGUUCGUGACCUCAUCUGAGAGUACCACGACGUUUUCCCAUCGCCAUUCUCGUACGCCGACAUCCCACCGAUGUGUGACGUCGAGCACUCCAUUCAGCUCGUGCCUGACUAUCGUGUUCACCACCAAGCACCCUACAGACUCUCGAUCCCCGAGGCCACCGAACUCAAGCGUCAGCUUGAGGAGCUCCUGAGACUGGGUUUCAUUAAACCCAGCAACUCCCCGUGGGGUGCACCCGUCCUCUUUGCUCGCAAAGUGGAUGAAACUCUUCGUCUCCGCAUCGACUACCACGGUCUCAACCGCUACAUGGUUAAGAACAACUACCCCUUGCCUUGUUCCGAUGAGCUGUUCGACCGCCUAGCAGGCAACCGCUUUUUUACGAAGAUUGAUCUUCGUAGCGGUUACCAUCAGAUCCGCGCCGCUGCAACCGACCAGCCGAAGACCGCGUUGCGAUCGCGAUUCGUCCACUACGAGUUCACGGUGAUGCUAUUCGGCCUCACCAACGCACCCGCUACCUUCCAGAGGGCGAUGAACGACAUCUUCAGGGAUAUCCUGGAGCAGUACGUUCUCGUCUAUCUCGACGAUAUCUUGGUCUAUAGUCGUACCCUUGAGGAGCACCUCAGACACCUCCGCGACGUCCUUGACCGCUUGCGCAGACAUGACUUCUACGCGAAGCUAAGCAAGUGCUGCUUUGCCCAACACAAAGUGGAUUUCUUAGGACACUACGUGUCUGACCAGGGUCUCCACAUGGACGACGUGAAGAUCACUGCUAUUGCGGAGUGGCCCGCUCCCACAUCCGCCAAGCAGCUUCGCAGCUUCCUAGGCCUGACCAGCUACUAUACUGCCGGUCAUAUGGGCUUCCACAAGACGUUGGCUCGUGUGAGCCGCCUGUACGUCUGGCCGAAGCGCAAGGACUUUGUGAAGGACUACGUCGCAGAGUGUCCCACCUGUCAGGAGGUGAACAGUGCGAACCACCUACCUUAUGGUUUGCUCCAGCCUCUUCCUCUCCCUGAGGGUCGUUGGCAGUCCAUCUCGAUGGACUUUAUCGGUCCUCUUCGACCUCCGACCGCCCGCGGUCAUGAUGCUAUCCUGGUCGUCGUCGACCGCUUCACGAAGCUUGCACGCUUUGUUCCGUGCCGCUAUGCCAUCAGUGCACGUGAGGUCGCCGACAUUGUAUUUGACCGAGCCGUGCGUGACCACGGCUUACCUCUGAGCAUCAUAUCUGACCGUGACCCGCGCUUUACCAGCCGAUUCUGGCGACGGCUCCACGAGGUGUACGGCACUCAGCUCCGCUUCUCCUCGUCUUACCAUCCUCAGACUGAUUGUCAGACCGAGAUCACGAACARGACUCUCGGGGAUAUUCUCCGAAAGAUUGUUCGUGACGACCAGCAGUGGGAUUUCCAUCUUGCCCACACGGAGAUAGCCUACAACCACGCCGUCUCGCCAACCACGGGGAUGUCGCCUUACUGUUGCGACCUCGGCUAUCACCCGCGUGUUCCCGCAGACUUCCUUCGACCGUCCCAGAUGCACCCCGACACGAGUUGUCCCGCGUUGGAUGAUUGGGUUGCACACAUGACGUCGAUUAUGAAGACCGCACAUGAGCACAUAGCCACUUCCCAGACUCGCAUGGCAGCACGUGCGAACCGAUCGAGGAUAGAUCACUCAUUCAAGGUCGGUUAUGAUGUGCUUAUCGACGCCCGCCACUUACAGCUCGAAGCGGACACGCUUCGCAAGUUUCGGCGUCGCUUCUUUGGCCCAUGCCGCAUCCUCCAGGCCGUCGGUUCUGAUACGGCAUCUAGCCCGGUCAGCUUUCGUGUGAAGCUGCCCAACGACCUUUGCCAGACUCGUGUGCAUGAUGUCUACCACAUCUCGUUAUUGCAUCCUUACCGCAGACCGUCUGAGCGUUUCGCUGGACGACCAUACGAGCGCCCUCCACCCAUCGUGGUGGACGACCACGAGGAGUUCCUCGUUUCAGACAUCAUUGGUCGUCGAGUCACCGAUGACAACCCUUCCCACGUCGAGUAUCUCGUACAUUGGAAGGGUUACCCUAAUGAGGAGGCUACCUGGGAGCCCCUCGAGCACUUGCAGCACGCUCGCAUGUUGGUGCGUGCCUAUGACUGUGCUCGUCGUGCUGGGUUCACUGCUCCUCCUCAGCCCACUGACCCUCCUCCUUCUCCUCCGACUGAGGAGACCGCUGAAGUUGAGCCUGCUCCAUCUUAGGCAGACCUUCAGCAGCAGGCGGAUGCUUCUGAGCGUCCACAGCGCA